AUGUCAUUUAACUCACCAUUUUGGGAUUUCUUUGAUAACAUCAACGAUGAAGUUGAUCAAUUCAAUCGUUUAUUAGCUUCCAAUGGUUAUGAUGAUCGUGUUAGAGUUUCACCUUCAUCAACAAAAGCUGUAACUCAAGGAAAUGAAAAAGAUCAACAAGCUGUUACCAAAUCAUCUGCCCCAAAGAAAAAUGAAAGAUCAUUAGUCUUCCCAAGUUUGUUCAAUUCACCAAGUUUUUUUUCAUCAAACUUUGAUGUUGUUCCUCCUGUUGAUAUUUUGGAUAAUGAAGAUAACUAUGAAUUACACGUUUCAAUUCCAGGUGCUGAAAAAGAUAAAAUCAAUCUUGAUUUCAAUGCUGAUAAAAAUCAAGUCACAAUCAGUGGUGAAAUCCCUGCACAUACCGAUGAUAAGAAUUUGAAAGUUAAUGAACGUUCAAGUGGUAAAUUUGAACGUCAUAUAAGUUUACCAUCCAGUCCAAAAUUAGAUGAAAACAACAUCAAGGCUAAUUAUGCUAAUGGUGUUUUAACUUUGAAGAUUCCAAAAUUAUCCAAAGAGAAAUCCAACACUCGUCGUAUUGAAAUUAGCUCAUCUGAAACUUGGGGAUCAGAUGAUUCUGCUGAAUCCAAACAAUAA